GACCCUGCAUUCACUAUAUCUGGUCUCCCUGGACCCUGCAUUCACUAUAUCUGGUCUCCCCGGACCCUGCAUUCACUAUAUCUGGUCUCCGUGGACCCUGCAUUCACUAUAUCUGGUCUCCCCGGACCCUGCAUUCACUAUAUCUGUCUCCCCGGACCCUGCAUUCACUAUAUCUGGUCUCCCUGGACCACGCAUUCACUAUAUCCUCUCUCCCCGGACCCUGCAUUCACUAUAUCUGGUCUCCCCAGACCCUGCAUUCACUCUAUCCUCUCUCCCCGGACCCUGCAUUCACUAUAUCUGGUCUCCCUGGACCCUGCAUUCACUAUAUCCGCUCUCCCCAGACCCUGCAUUCACUAUAUCCGCUCUCCCCGGACCCUGCAUUCACUAUAUCUUGUCUCCCCGGACCCUGCAUUCACUAUAUCUGGUCUCCCUGGACCCUGCAUUCACUAUAUCUGGUCUCCCCGGACCCUGCAUUCAUUAUAUCUGGUCUCCCCGGACCCUGCAUUCACUAUAUCCUCUCUCCCGGACCCUGCAUUCACUAUAUCUGGUCUCCCCGGACCCUGCAUUCACUAUAUCUGGUCUCCACGGACCCUGCAUUCA